AUGAAGGACGCUCUAAUCGUCGGGCAUAGACUGGCAGAGGUGCUUCCCCGGACAGACAAGUACUGGUUCCAGGUGCCCCAUUUGCUGCAACUAAACCUCAUAUUGCUGGUGCCGUUGCUUUCGAGCAGUGUUGCUGGGUACGAUGGAUCUUUGAUGAACGGCCUUCAAGCAUUACCCCAACAGUGGCAGAAUUACUUCGGCAACCCAAAAGGCGCUCUUCUUGGGCUGGUCAACGCUGCUCAGUCGAUCGGUUCCGUUGUUGCUUUGCCAAUCGUGGGAUCAUGCUCUGAUCGAUUCGGUCGCAAGAAAGUCCUACUCGCUGGGAUCCUCGGUGUCAUGCUAGCGACGGCCAUACAAGCGACAGCAGGCACAUUGGAGCAAUUUGUCGUGUCAAGAUUCGUUGUCGGAGCUGCGGGCAUGUUUGCUGCACAGCCGAGCCCACUUCUACUGGCUGAACUGGCCUAUCCGACGCACCGCGGGAAGUAUACGUCUGCAUACUGGACUCUGUACUACCUCGGGGCAAUUCUGGCAAGUUGGACGACGUUCGGGACGCAAUCUUACAAUUCAAGCUGGUCGUGGAGAAUACCCACCAUCCUCCAAGCAGGCUACCCUGGUGUUCAACUUGGAUUCUGGUACUUCCUCCCGGAAAGCCCUCGAUGGCUGGUCUCGAAAGACCGCAACAGUGAAGCCUUGGAUAUUUUGUCCAAGUACCAUGCCGAUGGCGACUCACAGAGUCCACUGGUCGUUCGUGAGAUGGCAGAGAUCGUUGAAGCCAUUGGUAUGGAGCGAGCAGCGAAAGCAACAGGCUGGAGUAACCUGAUUGCCACUCCAGGAAACAGGAAACGACUGUUCAUCGCUGUUUCCCUUGGAGCGAUGGCUCAAUGGAACGGCAUUGGCGUUGUGUCAUACUAUCUAACCCUGGUCUUGGACACCGUUGGGAUCACGGAUCCAUUCAUGCAAACUCUGAUCAAUGGAUUGCUACAGAUCUUCAACUUCGCGGCGGCUCUAAGCGCAGCAUUCAUGGUAGAUCGGGUCGGUCGUCGAACACUUUUCAACUUCUCUGGGGUGGUGAUGUUGUUCUCGUACAUCGUGUGGACAGCAUGUUCAGCGGUGAAUGACAAGACCGGAUCCGAGGCGGCAGGGAUCGUGGUCAUCGUGUGUUUCUUCGUAUUCUACUUUGGGUACGACUGCAGUUUCACGCCGCUCUUGAUGUCCUACCCCACAGAGAUCUUCCCGUACUCCAUCAGGUCCAAAGGAUUGACCUGCGAGCUCUUGUCGAUCUACUGCUCCCUCGUGAUAGCAGCUUUUGUCAAUCCGAUCGGUCUCGAGAAUAUCGGAUGGAGAUAUUACAUCGUCUUUUGCUGCCUGCUGGUCGUCUUCCUGGCCGUGACUUACUUCACGUUUCCAGAGACUCGUGGCUAUAGCCUUGAAGAAAUUUCUGAGGUCUUCGACGGUCCCCACUCAAUUCCAGGAGUGGAUACUAAGGACGAUGAGAAACAUGCUGGAUUUAAGGAGCACGUGGAAGAGUAUGUAGAGAUGGUCUAG